GAGAGAGGGAGGAGGGAGGGAAAGCAGGAAGGGGGCUGGAGAGGGCCAGGCUGGGUGGCUGGACUGGGUGCUGGCUGCGCUGCGCUGCUCUCAGCUCCCACGGCCUCUCCCAUGCGCUGAAGGCGCCCGGCUGGGCCGGGCCGGCGGCCGGAGGGGAGGCUCCUCUCCAUGGUCCAGAAGACCAGCAUGUCCCGGAGCCCUUACCCACCCUCCCAGGAGAUCCCCAUGGAGGUCUUCGACCCCAGUCCACAGGGCAAAUACAGCAAGAGGAAAGGGCGGUUCAAAAGAUCAGAUGGGAGUACAUCCUCGGAUACAACAUCCAACAGCUUUGUCCGCCAGGGCUCAGCGGAGUCCUACACCAGCCGCCCGUCAGACUCGGAUGUGUCUCUGGAGGAGGAUCGAGAAGCCUUAAGGAAGGAGGCAGAGCGCCAGGCCUUGGCACAGCUUGAGAAAGCCAAGACCAAGCCAGUGGCAUUUGCUGUGCGCACCAAUGUCGGCUACAAUCCAUCUCCCGGGGAUGAGGUGCCUGUGCAGGGGAUGGCCAUCACCUUUGAGCCCAAGGACUUCUUGCACAUCAAAGAGAAAUAUAACAAUGACUGGUGGAUUGGCCGGCUGGUGAAGGAGGGCUGUGAGGUUGGCUUCAUCCCCAGCCCCGUCAAACUGGACAGUCUGCGUCUGCUGCAGGAGCAGAAGCUGCGUCAGAACCGCCUCAGCUCCAGCAAAUCAGGUGACAACUCCAGCUCCAGUCUGGGAGAUGUGGUGACUGGUACCCGCCGCCCCACACCCCCUGCCAGUGCCAAACAGAAGCAGAAGUCGACAGAGCAUGUGCCCCCCUAUGACGUGGUGCCUUCCAUGAGGCCCAUCAUCCUGGUGGGACCGUCGCUCAAGGGCUAUGAGGUUACAGACAUGAUGCAGAAAGCUUUGUUUGACUUCUUGAAGCAUCGGUUUGAUGGCAGGAUUUCCAUCACUCGUGUGACAGCAGAUAUUUCUCUGGCUAAGCGCUCAGUCCUCAACAACCCUAGCAAGCACAUCAUCAUUGAGCGCUCUAACACACGCUCCAGCCUGGCUGAGGUGCAGAGUGAGAUUGAGCGAAUCUUUGAGCUGGCUCGGACCCUUCAGUUAGUGGCGCUGGAUGCUGACACCAUCAACCACCCGGCCCAGCUCUCCAAGACCUCGCUGGCUCCCAUUAUUGUUUACAUCAAGAUCACCUCUCCCAAGGUACUCCAGAGGCUCAUCAAGUCCCGAGGGAAGUCUCAGUCCAGACACCUCAAUGUCCAAAUAGCAGCCUCGGAGAAGCUGGCUCAAUGCCCUCCUGAAAUGUUUGACAUCAUCCUGGACGAGAACCAAUUAGAGGAUGCCUGCGAGCACUUGGCCGAGUAUUUGGAAGCCUAUUGGAAGGCCACACACCCACCCAGCAGCACUCCGCCCAAUCCGCUGCUGAACCGCACCAUGGCAACCGCAGCCCUGGCGGCCAGCCCUGCCCCUGUCUCCAACCUCCAGGGACCCUACCUUGCUUCCGGGGACCAGACGCUGGAACGGGCCACCGGGGAGCACGUCAGCGUGCACGAGUACCCGGGGGAGCUGGGCCAGCCCCCAGGCCUUUACCCCAGCAGCCACCCACCAGGCCGGGUGGGCACCCUGCGGGCACUAUCCCGCCAGGACACGUUUGAUGCUGAUACCCCCGGCAGCCGAAACUCUGCCUACACGGAGCUGGGAGACUCGUGUGUGGACAUGGAGACUGACCCCUCAGAGGGGCCAGGGCUCGGAGAUCCUGCAGGGGGAAGUACCCCACCAGCCCGGCAGGGCUCUUGGGAGGAUGAGGAAGAAGAAUAUGAGGAAGAGCUGACUGACAACCGGAAUCGGGGCCGGAAUAAGGCCCGCUACUGUGCUGAAAGUGGGGGUCCUGUUCUGGGGCGCAAUAAGAAUGAGUUGGAGGGCUGGGGGCGAGGUGUCUACAUCCGUUGAGUGGCAGAGGCAACAGGAUUGGCUCUGAGUCCUGGGGAGGGGAGGGACAGUGGGGUCACUAUCUUCGAUACACCUUGUCUCCAGGCAAUCCUGACUCCCUCCUUUCAGAUGCCUUUGCUCAAUGUUU